ACACACUGUAAGCAUUUUUGGAAGUAUGCGCUAAUUGCCUCUAUUAGUUACAAUCCAAUAAUGUGUCAGCUUCUAUGCUAAUACAUAUAUGCCAAAGUAGCCCGUUAAUUAUAACUGUUAUAUUUUCUAAGCUUCUCAAAAGUCGUCCAUUUAGGACUACCUGUAGAUCCCAGGUAUACUGACGAAAAAUUUAGGUAGUAAGACCUUAUAUUUGUUGAUGCAACCGUCAGUGUAGACCUACCUCUCAGCUAUGGUUCCUCAUGUGCGGACUAACCCGCUUUUAUUCUGAUGCGCUAAUUAUUGCGCAAUCAACACUGGAUAAUCGGUAUACUUUUGUUUAGAGUAUGAAAUGCUCUCACAGUUAUUAUGAACAUGGUGGUGAAAUCAUGUUGACUCAGUGAUUAGAGACUUUAACAAGUUACCGGGGGUCAGAGUUCUUGGGUGUCUCAUACGCAUUUUUAGUGUAAAGAUCUUAGACUUAGCCAUGGUGUUAAUCUGGCUGUAAAGAGUUGGAUUUACAGUGGGUCACUGGGAUCAGUUCCGAUUCUUAACUGUGGGACGUGACCUCUUCUAGAUAAGGGCGUUUGAUUAUUGUGAGUUUCGUAAUCGUUGUCCCCGAAGGGCUGCUUGCAUUAACAAAAAUAAUAAUAAGUUAAUGUUAAAUGGCGGCAAAAUGCUUUUAUGUUCAAUCCCUGUUGUGUCAAGUUUGUCAUAGUUUAUUUAGUUUUUCAUUUAAUCUCCUGUAACUUGCCAUGCUUUUCCUGUAACUAGUAGUUUGAGUAAUAGCAUUUAUUCGUUUAAAGAUUCGGGUAAUUGAAUAACAGUAGCUCUAUGUAUUUCAUAGUGUUUUACAGAAGUUUUAAUUGUUAUUUUUUACUUUUUCAACGUAUUUCGUGCAGAUGAUUUAAUAAUUGUUCGGAAUAUCAAAAGUCUCAUGUCCCUCUCAUCAGACCGCACAAGAUGUCUUGCAAUUAAUUUCUGUCGGCACUUACAACCGUCACGCUUUGCUUUGCAUGUAUUUGAUUUGUUUAUUUCCUUCAAGUAUAUCAACGUCUCACAUCAACAUAAUUCAUGGCUUUCCCAAGCUAUCCAAAAUUGUUAUCUUAUCGGUCAUGUUGAACCAUACUUAUUAUUAAUAGGUGGAUCUUCCGCACAUUUGCAAACCAUAAAGUUAUCAUGGAAUAGAGGUCAACUUAAAUCUCCUUUUGGUUUCUCAAUCAACUCAGUGUCAGAUGUUGGUUCUUGGUUUUUGGAGACUUCUCAGUUUAAUGCAAUGCAUUUGGAGGAAGUUAUCUGUCAACUAGUUUGGCAGGUUACACAAUCUGAACCUAGUUGUUCAGUGGAACGUCUAGUCAAAUAUCUUGAAGACGUAUAUCGCGGCAUACAGCUUCCUGUCCCUUCACUAAAAGAUGUGAAUAAUUCUUUAACCGUUUUAACUCAAGCUGGAGCGAUAUAUUUUAGCGGUCACGGAUAUAAUCUUCUGACACCUGAAAAGUUAGCCGUUGCAAAAUGGCUUGAAAGUGUACCGGAAACAUGUACAGACACUGAAAGUGUCUUGGAUUACCCAAUUUUAAAAACAGCCCCUCUAGCAGAAACAGAGCCAUUUGGACAAAAUGCAUCCUCAUCUGGUCCAGUUAACCGUUGUGAUCUUGUUCAAAACAACGAUCAACUUCGUAAUUCUAAACAUAAAAUUGGAAAUUCUACAUAUUAUCGAAAUACUAGUGCUCUGGUGCCAGUCCCCGAAAAUCUAGAACUAGAACAUUUGCUCAGGUCUUUCAGUGCUCAUUCCAUAAGUUCAUAUCACCUUCGAAGUAAUCACACAAAUCAUUGCAACCCAGUUGUAUUUGUUUCACCCACCAAUAGUUUAAAAUAUCUCAAUUCUCAGUUUCCCCUAACUUAUAAAACAAAUGAAAUCAAUAGUAAUUAUGUUAUGAAAUCAGCAAGAGAAAAUGUUAGUAAAUUUAAUUCAGCUGGUGUGAGUGGUUCUCUUAAAUCACAUACAGCUCGAUCUGAAAUCAAACUCCCACAUCAUUCACAAAUGGAAACACCAUUCACCAAAUGUACUAAAAUACCAUCAAACAAAAAAUGUCAAAACCGCGGUAUUAAGUCAGUACCACGUGUAAUUACUUCACCUCCUACACUGGUGCGUAACUUUUCAAAGGAUGGCUCGGAAUUUUCUAUGCAACACAGCGGCCGGACAUCUACUAUGCGAGAUAGUGGGUUUGUAGAAGGACUACAUCGCCCUUUCAUAUCUGGUUCUUUUAUACAAUCUAAUUUCUCGAAAUCCUCUGAAAGUUCCCGUAUGCAUCAUCAUCCUAAAUCAGACAGUUUGCGAAAAGCGUCUGUCAACUCCUCAAAUCUUUGGUGGUACACAGGAUCCAGCCGCUUGGCACCUUCUAUAAAAGCUUCCAGGCCACAAUUCAUUGCUUUUAAUAAUAUGUGA